UUUACUUUUUUGUUUAUAUUCGUGAGACAUAAAAUGAGUUUCAGUUGAUAAGUGCAAACCUUCUAACAACACAUGGAAAGGGAUUUCUUUACAUCGUUUUAAUAAAACUUCGCAUCCAUAUAGAUACUAGGAAAUGCAGAGAGACGAUUUUUAAAACGGAUUACAGUGUUUUAAAGUUUUAAGACGUCGUAUUCAUCUAGUCAUUUAGUGUACGAACGGACACACAAUGAGCGCCAUGGAUGAUAAGACGAGUAGAGCGCUGGUCCAGAAAAUGUUCCAGCUGGAAGCAGCCUAUAGGGAGAUCAGCGAUAAAGACAAAGAACUGAUGAAAUACCGCCUAAACGGUGAUUCCAGGGACGGACGGGAAUCUGCCCCAGACCCCCGGGACAAGGAAAUCACCAAACUCAAAUACCAGGUUUCUCGACUAGAGGAGCGUUUGAAUGUGUGUAAAACAGAAGAAGAAAAUGCCAAAAGAGGGUUAAAACACGCACAGGACGGUCGAGUUGUUGUGGACAAGAAAGUUAAAUCUUUAGAAAAAGAGAACCGAGAACUACGCAACACUGUGAGUCAAAUGCGUGUAAAACUGGGUGUUGCGAGUGCCAACUACAAUGUCGGUAAACAUGAGACAGAAAACCUGAGGAAGUCCCAACAGGAAAAUCAGAUUUUGAUUGCAAGAUUGGAGGAACGUCUGAACGCGGCAAACCAAGAGUUGGAGAGGCUUAGAAACCCCGCCAACCCGGAGGGCUUUGAAGAGAGAAAGAAGAAGAUCAAUACAGAGAAGAAGGAACUCAAGCGGCUGCGAGAUGAAGUUGAAAGACUCGAGGACCUACGGAAAGUUGACAUACAGCGUGUCAAUGACCGGGAGGAGGAAAACAAGCAGCUUAUGGAUGAGAUCAGCCGGAACAGGAAACAAAUUGUAGAGCUGGAAACAAGCCUCGAAAUUGCGCAGAUGACAGCUGAUUCGGAUCAAGCCAGCAGAGAAGAAUUCGAGAGAGAAAAUGUGAAACUACGUGCCGAAAAACAACAUUUCGACGACACUUUGAAAGAAUACAAAGUGAGACUUGGAAUAUCUAUGGCGUCAAAAAACGUGAACGUCAGACAGGCAGAAAUGUUGAAACAAAAGGAUGAAGAAUACCAAUUCAGAAUACAGAGUUUGGAGAAGCGAUUAAAAGCUGCUAAUGCUGAAAUAGAAAGAAUGAGAGAUCGUGCAAUGGAAACGGGGAAGACUGCUGAUUCGUUACAGGACCAUCAUCAUAGAAUGAAAAAGCACAGAAACAGUGUCAAUAUGGAAUUCAUAACACCGCGCUCAUUGGAUAACGCGAAUACGUCAAGGUCAGGAUGGACUCCAAAACGAGGCUCCCCGGUUGGGUCACGGGACAGGAUUAGCAUGGGAAGUACCGGAAGUGUGAACAGCAGAUACAAUAAGCUACCAAAAAUUAAAAUUUCGAGUAAACAAGGCCGUGUUUCUGCACCACGAUGAGACAGUUUUAUUCUACUUGCUCUUGAUUUCAAAUAAAAUUAAAACUAAA